UACACAUGUGUGUGUUUUGGAGGAAUGGUUCGAUAUGACCGGACUGUGCUCGAGGGGAGCAGGCCAAGGAUGGGAGGACCAGAUGAUAACUUAAUUGAAGGUGGUGGGUCCAAGUUUGUGUGCAAACCAGGAGCCAGGAACAUCACCAUCAUCUUUCACCCCCUGCUCAGGUUUAUCCAGGAGAUCGAGCAGGCCAUGGAGCUGGGCCCAGCCAAGCAGUGCCCUCUGAGGGAGUUCCUCACCAUGUACAUCAAGAACAUCUUCCUGAGCCAGGUCCUGGCCGAGAUCAACAAGGAGAUCGAGGGCGUCACCAAGGCCUCGGAUCCCCUGAAGAUCCUGGCCAACGCUGACACCAUGAAGAUCCUGGGGGUGCAGAGGCCUCUGCUGCAGGGGGGCUUUGCUUUCCAUUUCAGGGCUGCUUUUGGCAAGGAAUCCGAAGUUUUGAUCGGGAAUUUGGGAGACAAGCUGAUCCCUCAGCAGGAGAUCCUGCGGGACGUCAGCGACCUCAAAGCCUUGGCCAACCUGCACGAGAGCCUGGAGUGGCUGGCAGCACGCACCAAGGCAGCUUUCUCCAGCCUCUCUGCGGCCCAGA